CCAACAAAUUAUUUAAUAAAAGGAAAUGCAGACAUUAAGUAGGUAACCUUACAUCAGAUCAAACAUCGACAGCAUCAUUUUGGACUCAUUGCCAUUUGCCAGUUACUAUGGCACUAAUGCACCGGUUGAAAUAAUUUUGAGACAGCCACCGCUGAACUAGUUGCACUUCAUUGCACGUCUUCUCUAGGACGUAGGAAUAACCAGGACCAACCAUAUUAUUCUGAAGAUACAGAAGGAAACUGUUUUUAAUUGUCACCAGCAUGGCAAGGUAUAACUUUUUGCUGUGUUUGAUGGUAAUCAUUUCCUUGGGACUGUCCGGCAGUGACGAGCCUAACCUCUUUCUCCCACCGGUGAGCGAGAUGCCCACGGACGCUGGUGUUUCGCUUAUCGAGGUGGAGGACGCAGGCGCUCGCGAGUGCUCUGCGUGCGUGUGGCGGGAACAGAGCAAGGUGCUCAGGCUUGAGACCAUCAAGUCCCAGAUUCUUAGCAAGCUUCGGCUCAAACAAGCCCCAAACAUUAGCCGUGAGGUGGUCAACCAACUAUUGCCCAAGGCACCCCCGCUGCAGCAGCUCCUGGACCAUCACGACUUCCAAGGGGACGCUUCCUCGCAGGACGAGUUUAUGGAGGCUGAUGAGUAUCAUGCCACUACGGAGUCAGUUAUCACAAUGGCAUCGGAGCCCGAACCCUUGGUGCAGGUGGAUGGCAAGCCCAGCUGCUGCUUCUUCAAGUUCAGCCCCAAGCUGAUGUUCACUAAGGUGCUGAAGGCCCAGCUGUGGGUGUACCUGCGGCCCCUGCAGCAGACGUCCACCGUCUACCUGCAGAUCCUGCGCCUCAAGCCCGUCACCGAGCAGGGCAGCCGCCACAUCCGCAUCCGCUCGCUCAAGAUCGAGCUCAACUCGCGCUCCGGCCACUGGCAGAGCAUCGACUUCAAGCACGUGCUGCAGAACUGGUUCAAGCAGCCGCACACCAACUGGGGCAUCGACAUCAACGCCUUCGACGAGAGCGGCAACGACGUGGCCGUCACGUCACUCCGGCCUGGUGAGGAGGGACUGCAGCCGUUUCUGGAGGUGAAGGUUCUGGAGACGACCAAGCGCUCGCGGCGGAACCUGGGCCUGGACUGCGACGAGCACUCCACCGAGUCGCGCUGCUGCCGCUACCCGCUGACCGUCGACUUCGAGGCCUUCGGCUGGGACUGGAUCAUCGCGCCCAAGCGCUAUAAGGCCAACUACUGCUCGGGCCAGUGCGAGUACAUGUUCAUGCAGAAGUACCCGCACACCCACCUGGUCCAGCACGCCAACCCCCGGGGCUCGGCCGGACCCUGCUGCACCCCCACCAAGAUGUCGCCCAUCAACAUGCUCUACUUCAACGACAAGCAGCAGAUCAUCCACGGCAAGAUCCCGGGCAUGGUGGUCGACCGCUGCGGCUGCUCCUAG